AUGUCUACGAACUUCGAGAAGCACUACACGAAAGUCAUUGACGAAAACAACUUGGAACAGCUAAGAGAUGUCCUGGUCAACCCAGAAUCUCAAUUGUCUAACCGGUUCAGAGCCCUCUUCAACUUGAAGACCAUUGCUGAGGAGUUCAAGACCAACCCUGAGAGAGCAAACAAGGCUGUUGACUAUAUCUGUGCCACUUUUGGCGACAAGAGUGAACUUUUGAAGCACGAGGUCGCUUACGUCUUGGGUCAAACAAAGAACUUGAGUUGCGCUCCUCAGUUGAGAGAGGUCAUGUUGAACCAAGACCAACAACCCAUGGUCAGACACGAAGCUGCGGAGGCCUUGGGUGCUCUUGGUGACAAGGGCUCCAUCGAUGCUUUAAACGAGUGUUUGAAGAAGGACGCUCACCCAGCUGUUGUGCAAACUGCCGAAUUGGCCCUUGCUAGAAUCGUCUGGGAACACUCCCCAGCUGCCGAGCAAGAAAAGUUGCAGCAGUCUUUGUACAGCAGUACUGACCCAGCGCCACCACUGUCUCUAGAACAGGACUACACAAUUGCUCAAUUGAGAGAUCUAUUGAACAACCAAGACAAGCCUUUGUUCGACAGGUACAGAGCUAUGUUCAGAUUGAGAGACAUUGGUACCGGGGAGGCUGUGUCCGCCUUGGCCACUGGUUUCGACGAUCCAUCUGCUCUAUUCAAGCAUGAAAUCGCUUACGUUUUCGGUCAAAUGGGUAACCCAGCUGCCGUUCCAAGACUAGUAGAGGUUUUGGCAAGAAUGGAGGAGGCACCAAUGGUGAGACACGAGGCCGCCGAGGCUUUAGGUGCCAUUGCCACCCCUGACGUUGUUCCAGUCUUGAAGCACUACUUGAACGACCCUGUCGAUGUUGUCAGAGAAUCUGCCAUCGUCGCCUUGGAUAUGUACGAAUACGAGAACUCGAACCAGCUAGAGUACGCUCCAGCUGCUUGA